AACAUUCUCUCUCCUGCACGCCGCGUCCCCGACAUGCGCCGCGCUGCACUAAAUACUAGUGUCACCACGCAGCCGAUCAUGCCUCUGUACGAGCGUCUCUAUCGAACAAAAACCUGCAACAAGAAUUCAGACACUACCUCAGUUGCGCCAAGGCAGAAGAUGCCCGCAACCAAGGUAUUGGCUCCAAAGACAAGUCCGGACGCUUCAGCGCCUCGAACACCCAAGCUGCUUGCAAAGGCUAGAGCAGAUUACGAUCAAAAUAGCAAGGAAGGAUUUAGGAGAACAAAGAUUCCGAGACCAACGAUUGCCGCAUUGAGGCAGGCCAAUCUUCGACAAAGAAGCGAGUUUUGGGCAAGGAUGCCAAGUGUGAUCCAUAGACCCAAGACGACGGCCAUGCAAGAUCUGGACAAGGAUUUGACGGAUGAUGCAAGUUUCAAGAAAGAGUUGGAGUCAGAGUACAUGGGUAUUGAAGACUCAAGCCUGCAUUCAGAUGAGCCCACUAUGACCGGCGAUACCGAAAUGGACAGCACUUCGCUCAUGUUCAACGACGACAGUUUCGACGAGUCCGUUAGCCCUGACCAGCAAACAAGCAUCCUCAAGGUUAUGGGACGAAAGCUUGUCGGAACAAAGCGACUGAUGUUGGGACUUCGAACUGACAGGGCGCCGUGGUUCAUUGGGCUAGCUCGCUCCCCAAAGUAUAUCGCCGAGUGUGUUGGCAUGCCACGUGUGCGUCCUAGAAGCGAACGACUGCAGCAGCCAGUAUCGGCCGCCAUGACUAAGCAAACUGCGUGCAUCGAAGGACUGAAGGCCACCGGAGCCAAGUCAUCAGCAGCAGCAAAGCCUUGCAAAGCGACUACAAAGAUUGUCGUUCAGCCUCACGGUGACGAAAAGUCCAAACUCUCAAGGUCAACCAAGUCCAGCGCUCCCCAGAUGUUGCCAACCAAGACUCGUACCGCGUCUCUUGCUUGUCAUCAGAAGGUUGCAGUGAAGUCAAAACCUGCUCGCAAUACGGUCUCUGUUUCGAAGCCACACCCUGUCACCACACGGAAGCCUCCAGCUGAUCGAUCAGUAAGCACGAUAACUUGUCAGAAAGCGGCGAUGGACGGAUCACAUACUGAAAAACCCACUCUACGAUCAGCUAUGCGUGUAUCCAACUCUGCUGUAGCUAAGAAGCAAGUCCAAUUCAUCGAGGGACCCAUCAAGCCACACGUCUACCCCUGUAACAACACUGCCAAGCUGCCAACUUUACCGCUUGCCAGGCUGCUUCGCUCCAAAGUAGUUCCAGCAGAUUCCGGGAAUGCACAACUAUUUGAAGGCACAGGCCAGGGCUGUCUGACACUCAAGCAUCGCUUCCUGAAUCGCUACGCCAGUGUCCAAGCAUACGAAGCACGUCGCCGUGAAGAAGCUCUUGCCAAGGGCGAGCAGCCAGGCUUGGGCCAGCUUGAUUAUGGCAAUGCUGACUUCAAGAUUGCUCUCCAAGCGUCAAAGGCCAUCGAGGCACACGACAUUGGCACGCUGCAAGACCUGAGCACUCUUGGUAAGCUGGGAGCACUCAAGAAUGACGGUCAACAGACGGGCAUUCGCGUGUGGGUUUUUGGAUCUUUCAAGGAGCCUUAUCUCCCUGCAGCUAUCCCUACUAAGCGCGUUGCGGCCCACAAGAAGCCAUUGCGCUGGCCGGUUACGAGAUGUGAGCAGAGUUUGGAUGCUUUUGUGAAAAGGUCCUUCAAGUGCUUGCAACCGGCUCAUGUCGCGACUUGA